AUGCCUAUCACCUUUGAAAGAAUGAUGAUUGUUACGGAAGCACAGCAAAGCCGAAGGCCACAAAGAAGAAGGCGAAGAGAAGAACCAAGGGAGGAAGAAGAGUCACAAGAGGAACAAGAGGAACAGCAACAAUUCCAACCACACAACAACAUGGACAUGACUCAGAUGCAAGAAGCAAUUGAGAGUUUGUCACAACAAUACAUGGCACUUCAAGAGAGGCAAGAAGAGUAUCAUUUGCAGUACAAGAAACACCAACAAAGACAAGAGGAAUGUCAGUUGAGAAUGAUGAGUCAACAAAGGGAUUUUGAGUCAAAAUUCCUAGUGAUACAAGAGGAGCAAGCUUUUCAAUCUCAUGAAUCAUUCGAUAAGUUAGCCCAAAUGCAAGCCGAGAACAUGAGAGCUCUCAAGGAAUUCACAACCCUUCAAGAUGCAAGGUAUGAAGUCCAAGCUGACUAUAACAUAAAUAGUCAAAUCAAAUUGAACUACAUUGUGGAUCAUCUACACAAUAUGGAGCCAGCAUUCCCAACUUUUGAUGAGUACUUCAAAAGGAGGAGUGAGAAAGAAGUAAGCAAGGCUAUGGGACUUGAAGAUAGAGUGGAAGAAACAAUGAACAAAGCUGGGUUUUGGCGAGGGUCAACAAACACAGACGUGGAUACAAGAAACACCAGAAAUCAAGCAAAUGAAAAGAAAAAGAAAAAGCAAGAUAAUUGA